GCCCGACGCUGCUCGCCCCCCGUGUUCCGAGCUGGCGUGGCGACGCAAACUCACAAAUAUUUACUUCCUAUACAUCAAGAGGAAAGGGGGCCCCCCUUUCGUGGAAUGCGGCAACAUGGGUGUGUUUGACCGCGGAGUUCAAAUGCUGCUGACCACGGUGGGGGCCUUCGCUGCCUUCAGCCUCAUGACCAUCGCUGUGGGGACAGACUACUGGCUGUACUCUCGUGGCGUCUGCAAGAUCAAGAGCACUAAUGAGAAUGAGACCAGCAAGAAGAACGAGGAGGUGAUGACGCACUCGGGCCUCUGGAGGACCUGCUGCCUGGAAGGUUCUUUCAAAGGCAUGUGUAAGCAGAUAGAUCACUUCCCGGAGGAUGCUGACUAUGAGGCGGAUGCUUCAGAGUACUUCUUACGCGCAGUGCGAGCCUCCAGUAUCUUCCCCAUCCUGAGUGUGAUCCUGCUCUUCAUGGGGGGGCUGUGCAUCGCCGCCAGCGAGUUUUACAAGUCACGCCACAACAUCAUCCUCAGCGCCGGCAUCCUUUUUGUCUCUGCAGGUCUGAGCAACAUCAUAGGAAUUAUUGUGUACAUAUCAGCCAAUGCUGGGGACCCUUCCAAGAGUGACUCCAAGAAGAACAGCUACUCCUACGGAUGGUCCUUCUACUUCGGUGCCCUCUCCUUCAUCAUGGCUGAAAUGGUGGGCGUGUUGGCUGUGCACAUGUUCAUUGACCGUCAUCGGGAGCUGCGCGUGGGAGCGCGAGCCGCUGACUACCUCCAAGGUGCAGCCAUCACGCGCAUCCCCAGCUAUCGCUAUCGCUACCGACGCCGUUCACGCUCUUCGUCCCGCUCCACAGAUCCAUCACAAUCCCGAGAGGCUUCACCGGUGGGCCUGAAGGCCUUUGGGACAUUGCCCUCCACAGAGCUGUCCAUGUAUACACUGCCCAAGGGCCAAACGGGCACCCCAACAGCCACCUAUAACUCUACAGAGAGGGACCACAACUUCCUGCAGGUCCACAACUGCAUCCAGAAGGACCUGAAAGACUCAGGCAACACCGCCAAUCGACGUACCACACCUGUAUGAAAGUGAUAGAUGGAUCUCAGACACUAAAAAACAAAACAAAACAAAAAAAAACACUUGGAGAGAAUUUGGGGGGGGAGACAGCAAAAGACAUGGUGUAAGGAGACAAAGGAGAUGGAGGCUUAAAUGGAUAGAUGGAGUGAAGGGUAAGCAGAGAAGGGAAGCUCUGUGCGCUCAGAUGAUCAUUGAGUUUCUGUUUAAAAAUAGAAGCAGAAAUAAUGCAUUAAAAGAAACAUGCAUGAUUUUACCACUGACCAUUGUUUAACGAGUUUUGAAAACUUGUAAAGAUUUGAGGGGGAGGAUGGGAAAGGAGGAGUUGGGAGGGGGGUGGCCGGUGGUUGUCUGCCUCAGGGCUGUGGAGCCUUGGAGUGGCGGGCCAGACAGCCCGUUCAAAGGUGAACUUUAUAUUUUUUACCUCAGUGUGAUGAAAAGAGGGCAUGGUUUGCCCACUGGCCCCACCUAUGAUCCCGCCUACA